AUGAUGUGGCCAGUAGGUGCAUCCGCGGAAAGCAAUGAUGAGCUCAUCGCUUUGCUGAGGCAAGAUCGAGAUCUCCUGGAGCCCCUUCCGAAGAUGCUCAAGGACCAGAAGUGGGACAAUGUCCGUUCCAUCCUCAAGACGCCGCCGGUGGCCUACCUUUGGAACCUUGGGAUGGAGAAGAACACCCUGAAGAAGUUGGGUGACAGCCUGGGCGAGAUUCAAGUCUUGGAGCUCAUGGAUGAGAUUGCUUCGGACCUGCAAACGGCCGACGAGAUCUCAUACUCCAACAACUACGUGUACGGACAGCCGGGAGAGGGCAAGGUCAAGAUUAAGGAGCCGAUUGAGUACAUGAAGAUGGCCAUGUCCAAGCUCGACGAGGUGCUCAAGAUUGUUGGCUGA